GGCUGAUCUCGGAGAAAAAGGUGCAGAUCUUGGCGCUUUAUGGAAAAAUCUGGGGUAAAACCGUCCUUAAUCUCGACGAUCCUUGGUACCAUAAACGGGUGUUCUCAAACUGCAGCCACGGCAAUGAAGAUGCGGGGUGCAGGGCGGAGACAAGCCGAUCCUAUCAGACCACGGCCUGGUCCCCAAUGUGGUAGGCGUCCUAAUUAUGGUCCAUGUUGGGACCGAGACUGGGGAAAUACUAUAAAGGGGCAGGAGAAGACCGGCAUGAUCGACAGCCGAUCCUCCAGCAGCACUCACAAGACAACAGCAUAACUAGUAGCAGCUUUUGCUCGGACGCUUCGUCAUGGUCUCGUUCACUCUUCUCCUCACGGCUCUUGCCGCCUCGGUCGCCACGGCCAGCCCGCUUGAGGCCCUCAAGCGUGGCAUCCAGCCCGGCACCGGAACCCACGACGGGUACUUCUACUCUUUCUGGACCGACGGUCGCGGAUCGGUUGACUACAACAACGGACCCCGUGGAUCGUACAGCGUCUCGUGGAACAACGUCAACAACUGGGUUGGCGGCAAGGGCUGGAACCCGGGCCCGCCGCGCAAGGUUGCCUACAACGGAACCUGGAACAACUACAACGUGAACAGCUACCUGGCCCUCUACGGCUGGACCACCAACCCGCUCGUCGAGUACUACAUCGUCGAGGCGUUCGGCACCUACAACCCGUCGUCCGGCACGUCGAGGCUCGGAACGAUCGAGGACGACGGCGGCACCUACGACAUCUACAAGACCCGCCGCGUCAACCAGCCGUCGAUCGAGGGCACGUCGACCUUUGACCAGUACUGGUCGGUCCGUCGCGAGAAGCGCGUCGGCGGCACCAUCGACACCGGCAAGCAUUUCGACGAGUGGAAGAAACAGGGCAACCUCAACCUCGGCCAGUGGAACUACAUGAUCAUGGCCAGCGAGGGCUACCAGAGCUCUGGAUCUGCCAACAUCGAGGUCAGGUCCGCGUCCUAAGGGGCUUUCGCCGAUCAGAGAGAGGCGGUGCGGGUCAUCUGACAGUCGUGGGCUAUUCGACUGCCGCCUUGGACCCAGACCUGCAGGCCGUCGGGCCCUCAAAUUUCAAUUCGCGGGGGGAAAUAUCGUGUACAUACAUUCAAGGAACCUGACACAUGCUUCUUUA